AGGUUAACCUGUUGCGCGCGCUAGUAGUGUUUUAGUUGAAGUGUCUUGGAUCAUUCCGUUUCAAAUCUGGGAAAAACUGCUAGCAUUGUGAACGUCACUCAGUAUUUAAGCCAAGCCUAAAUAUGAAACUCGAGCUAACCGUCGAUCGUGGACCAUGCGAUACAGAAUUACGUAGCUGGUGCCUGGGCAUAGCGAUCUAUACGCUAAUUGCCAUAGCAUUAAAUACGUUAUUUGCACCAGGGGUUAUGUCUUUUAUUGCUUUUGCAAUUGCUCUCAUUGCAAACGUUUGCUUACUUAUUGGCUGCCUCCGGUAUAAUCAUGUGCUUGUUGGCAUCUGGCUGAUAUAUGCCAUUCUAAUAGCCAUCAACUUUCCGUUUGCCAUAUUCGGCACCAUCUUCCACUUUGGUGGCUAUCGGGAGAGCAGUGGUUUCAACAAUGUGUUCUUAGCACUGCUCGUUUACAUUAUACAACUGCUGAUUUGCGCCUUUUGCGCUCGCAUCGUCUACUCGUACUACUUGCAGCUGAAGGGACGCCAGACGAGUCCGCAACACUCGGUCGUCGUUUGAAUCUCAGCUCUUGCCAGCCACCGUUUGCAUUUCGUCUUAAUCACCUCUUUUCAGUGCAUUUGCCGGCAAUUGUUUACUUUAAGAAUCUAAUACCAUGUGCCUUCUUAUAUAAAUACGUUAUAUAUAUAUUUAUAUGUAAUAGAUUUGUAAUAAAAUACGAUUUGUUCUAUUGAAUUACAA